CCGCGCCGCCGCCCAAGCCGACGGGCGUCGCGCUCCAUCCCCUCUUGAUGACGGAGAGCGUCGAGGUGCCGCAAGAGAAGAACGAGAAGCGCGCCAUGCGCGCGCGAUACAAGACAAUGGCACCCAAGUUCUCGACGGUGCGCGCGAACGCCGCCGCUGCCGAGGAGUCGGCGGCGAAGGCAGCAAAGGUCGUGCCGCCCGCGGUCGCGCUCGCGAACCCGUACAUCUCGACGCCGACGCCGGGGAUCGGCCCCGAGACGCGCGGCGCGACGGCGCCCGCGCCUGCGCGCAAGUCGCGCAAGAUGGCGUUCUCGAAGCCGGGCAAGUAUAUCAAGCAGGGAGACCAGCUGCGCAAUGAGAUCAAGCUUGAGGAGCUCAAGGCGCGCAUCGCCGCGCAGUCGCGCAAGGCUGGUCUCGACUCCGAGUUCGAUGUGUUGGAGCGCAGCCUUAAGCGGCAGGCGCCUCCGGCCGUCGAGUGGUGGGACGAGGCGAUUAUGCCGUCGGGCAUGGGGUACGACGACUUGCCAAAGGCCCUGGAGUACAUCGAGACGAAUAAUGAGAGUCUGGUGACGCAUCUGGUACAGCACCCUAUUGCAAUUACGGCGGCGGGAGACAGGCGGCAGCCCGAGCGCGGGCUGAUGCUCACGAAGAAGGAGCAGAAAAAGAUGCGGCGACAGCGGCGCAUGGCUGAGCUCAAGGACAGGCAGGACCGCGUGCGGAUGGGCCUCAUCCCCCCCGAUCCGCCCAAGGUGCGCCUCGCGAACAUGAUGAAGGUCCUCACCUCGGACGCGGUCCAGGACCCGACGAAACUCGAGAAGCGUAUUGUGCGCGAAGUCGAGCUGCGCGCCCUCAAGCACGAGCAGGACAACGCCGAGCGCAAGCUCUCGAAGGAGGAGCGCCGCGAGAAGGAGUACGCCAAGCUCAACGACGCCGAGUCCAAGAACGGCCUCCAGGCGUCCGUGUACCUCAUCCGAUACCUCACCAACGGGCGGCACAAGUUCAAGGUCCGCAAGACGGCCGAGCACGACCUGCUUACUGGCUUGACGAUUUUCGCGCCCAACUUCGCCCUCGUCGUCGUCGAGGGCGUCGCGAAGAAGAUCAAGCAUUACCGGCAGCUGAUGACGGCGCGGAUUGACUGGACAGAGGAGCCGCGGGCACAGGGCGAGUCCGGGAGCGACAGCGAGGCGGACGAGGGCGAGGGGGAGAAGAAGGACGGGCCAGACAUGAGCACGAACCGCUGCGAGGUGGUUUGGGAAGGCGAGAUUCCAGAGCGCACGUUCAAGUUCUUCCGCGCACGGCAUGCCGAGACGGAUAGCGAGGGCAAGAACCUCCUCGGGCCAAAGUACGAGGGGUUGUGGGACCUCGCCAAGCGGUGGAAUUGGGACGGCGAUGUCUACUGAGCGCAUCAAGCGGAGGGGGCGCGGUGCGACGGAGCGGCGGCGUGAUGGCGCGACAGUGGCAGACGCGGACGCUCGCGUUACAUGUAUAUUAUCAUCAUCCGUGCGAGCGGUGAACAACGCCG